AUGCAGGAUGACGGCGAGGAACUCUUUCAUGAUGACAUUGUUAGUGACGGAACGGCUUCAUGUGAAUUCCCUGCGGUGAAUACAGAAGAAACCGUUGAUGUGGAAGGGACUGCAUUUGUUCCGUACUUGGCGCCGCCGCGACUAAUGGCAUUUGGUGCAGCGUCUCCGCUCCUUCAUCCUUCCACUUUUAAGAGGGACGAGAGUACCGUCAGGAAAAAAUUCACGGAAGACUAUCCAGCUGCCCACAACAACUUUUAUGGACCAGAGACGACUUUAUCAGAUGUGGUUCAAGAGGCAGAAGCAGAGGAAAACAAGACUAUUUUGCAGGUAAAUCUUGAGGCUCUUUUUGAAGAAUCCCUAAUGACUUCUUCUUAUUCCGUUUCUUCUAUGCAGACCGUGCCAGUAUGCAAUUAUAUUCUGAGAACUUACUUGGGCGUUGCUUCGGGCCAGUUCCGUCGAGGCCAACAGGAGGUGGUGUUGUCCAUCCUGCAGGGGCGGAACACGCUUGCUGUCUUUCCCACAGGGUGGGGCAAAACGCUUUGUUUCCAGUUUCCUAUCCUUGUUUACCGCUUGCUCUUUGAAGCCAAACUUAGAGCAUGGCAGAACCUACAAGGCUCAGAUACAUCCGAGAGUUCGAGUGGGCCACCAGAGUCCAAUUUUGCUGUUAUUGUGUCUCCAUUGUUGUCCUUGAUGGCCGAUCAAGCAGGAAAAAUUGCCAGUGGUGGAAGUAUACGAACAGCAGUUCUCUCCUCUGGUACAUCGACUUCUCGUGAGAGGACGAUUUUGGAUGAGUUGGCCUCUCCAUUGUGUUCUAUUGACUUGUUGUUUCUGUCACCUGAAAGACUUGUUCGUCACAGUGAACUGCGGAGUGUGUUGGAGAGACAUGUACAUCGAAUUGCCUUCAUUUGUGUAGAUGAAGUGCACUGCGUUUCUCAGUGGGCCUACGACUUUCGACCCUCCUUCAUGUAUGUGCACCGCGUCUUGGAACGCCUUUGUGGCGGUAUUCUCGCAAUGGAUGGACGGAGACACGCGCCUCCUUUCUUGUGUCUCACGGCCACGGCAUCACCGUCUGUUAUUGAUGACCUCAAAGUUAUUUUCCGCAUCGAGCGAAGUGUCAUUGUACCGUACUGUCGUGAGAAUCUCCAAUUGGAGUCCGUUUCUCUUCUGGACGUUGGAUGUCAAAGGCCUCCUACGCAGCGGAUGCUCCAGGAGAAGCUCCUGCAAGCUGUGCUAGAGCUACCGAAACCAAUGCUUGUGUACGUCCAGACACGUGUGGAUGCAGAUGAAUUGGCAACUUUUCUCAUUUCAAAGCUUGGCACCGUGCAGCGCGGAACGAGAGGGAAUGGUCGGGACGGUACAUCCUCUUCCAUCUUCACAAGUGCCACACAUGUCCACAUGGAAAAAAGCGGCGGUUGCAGAACCGUGGAGGGAAAGGAACGUAUCAUAAUUCGAAGUUACCACGCAGCCCUUGAUCGUCAUGUACGAACAAAGACUCAACAAGAAUUUAUGCAAUGCCGUAUUGACGUGCUUGUCGCUACAGUGGCGUUUGGAAUGGGCAUUGAUAAAGCCGAUAUCCGUUCCGUUGUUCACGCCUCAGCGCCGAGCUCUCUCGAAAGUUAUGUGCAAGAAACCGGCCGUGCAGGACGUGAUGGUCAAAAGUCAUUCUGUCGUCUACUUUAUAACCCCUUUGAUUACUACACUCUUCGCUCACGGGCUCUCGCGUCCUGUCUUUCCCCGUUGGAGGUGCACGCCAUCGUGAGUUCUAUUCUUAGCAGUCCCACAACUCACUUUGGGGAGAAGUUGACGAUGAUUUCCGUUUCUAAAAUUUCAGAGCAACUUGCUAUUGGUGAAGAGACCGUAGAAACGUUUCUCUUCAUGCUUGUUUUGCAGGAAAGUGGGGUGCUGCAUGAGUUGCAUGGGACAGCACCGAUGGGGUACCGUGUGAACCACGCCGCUGCGGAAGUGGUUGUUACCACCGAUCACUCAGCAAAGCGAAAGCGGGGGCGUGAUGCGAUGGGAUCCUCCGGAGUCAGCGGUGUGUUGGCGCAGCUCGAGGUGCUCGACGGGGUAUUUGAAUUGUUUCGGCAAAGCAAACGAAUUGAAAACGUUGUGACAGCAGCAAAUGCGUUAAACUUGUCGUUGCGGGAUUUUCAGUUUAGAGUGAAUGAUCUUAUUGCAGGGGGUUUUGUCUCGGCUCAGCCGCUCACACCGGCGUAUGUUGUUUCGCUUGGAAACAAUUUUUCCGAGGCGGCAGCGCCCGCCGGACAGAAGGCAAUUGCCGAAAGACUCUGGCAAGCGCAUCACAGGCGGCUCGACUCCCUGCAAAAGGCGCUUGAAUUAAACUUUGCGGUUUUGCAGCACCCCACACAUGAGUCUGUGCGCAAAGGCCUUGAAUGGGAUGCAAGGCACGGAACGGAUGCGAUGAGCCCUACACUGAAAUGGCAACCGCCGCCGAAGAGCCUCACCAAACUGAAGGCAGUAUCGAUUGCAAAUGACUUUGUCGAGAAAAAUCGUCCGCGUAUUCGCUCAGUUUAUGAGGCGGCUCGAGCUCUUCAUGGCGUGCUUCCGAAGGCACUGACGAGCCACGGGAAGUAUGCAGGUGAACUGCCACUUAGUGCGAGCUGGUACGUGAGCUCGCCGUACUUUGGUCUUUUGAAGGAGUUUGAUCUGCAGUGGCUGCUGAAGGUGCUCGCUCCACACGGACUGGAUGAGGAUGAUUCAAUGGAGAGAAGCAGUCGACUACCAACAGCGUAA